CAUAAAUGUGAUGGACAUGUUACAUGUAGUGCACUUUGCCUGAUUUUUCCCACGAGUAUGGAGGAGAGCAGCACCCAGCUCCUAAAGGUGAACUCCUAAACCUGCAGCAGUAUGGACCUUAGCACGGCGCCGCUGUGCUAUGAGCUCCUCGCUGAGGUCGGAGAAGGUGCCUAUGGAAAGGUCUACAAAGCCCGAGAGGUGGGCGGACAACAGCGCCUCCUCGCGGUCAAGAAACUCAACAUCCACCCAGGCUCCGCAGACAAUGGCAUCCCUGCCUUUAUGAUCCGCGAGGUGGCGCUGCUGCUUAAAAUUAAGUUCUUCAACCAUCCAAAUGUUGUCAAACUGCUUGAUGCCUCUGCAGUUCCUGAGGGCCGCAGUAUGAGCCUCACUCUGAUUCUGGAGUACAUUGACCAGGACCUCUCCUCCUACCUCUCCAAAGCCCCGCCCACUGGUCUCAGCUUGGACUGCAUCAAGAGUGUGAUGCAGCAGCUGCUUCAGGGCCUGGACUUUUUGCACACAAACAUGGUCCUCCACCGAGACCUGAAGCCAGAGAAUAUUCUGAUCAGCAACCGAGGAGACGUGAAGAUCACAGACUUCGGACUGGCACGACUCUACACUUUCAACAUCGCUCUCACACCUGGAGUGGUGACUCUGUGGUACCGAGCCCCGGAGGUGUUACUGAACUCUGUGUACAUGUCUUCAGUCGACAUCUGGAGCGCCGGAUGCAUCUUCGCUGAGCUCUUCCUCCUGAGACCACUGUUUCGAGGAUACACUGAAGUUCAACAGCUCCAGAAAAUAUUUGAGGUGAUUGGUUUCCCCAGUCAGGAGGACUGGCCUAAAGACAGUCCCCUCUCGUACCAGUCACUGAGCACCGCGAGUUCCUGCACCAAACUACUGAGCAACCUGGGUCCAGACGAGAGCGACCUCCUCUCUCAGUGUCUGGAGUUCAAACCCAGCAGCCGUACCUCUGCAGCCAAAGCUCUGGCUCAUCCUUUCUUCAUGAAACAUUGAAGAUUUUAUUUGAUCAGAAUAAGCUGUGAAUCCUGAAGCUCUGAAAUGUUCACAUCAUGAACACUAAGUUACACCUGUGAACAUCACGACACAGGAAACUAAACUAUGUUGCUGCUAAAACAGAAAGUUCUUAAUUUGCUGGACUGACCCUUUAAAGGUGUAGAAGAUUUUGGUGUUCCUUGUUUACAUAUAUUCUACACUUGCACAAAUAAGUACUUGAAGAUUAUCUGUUUUUUUUUUUCUUUAUAAAGUAUUUAUGGUGUGUUGAAACGAAGCACCUGUAUUUAUGUUUGCUUUAAAACGCAGUGUAGUUUUUUCUAAAUCAGUUACAGUGUCCAGGGUACAAAAUAAAUAUAUGCAAAAUUUGUCUUCAA